AUGGGCAAACGCAAGCUUGAUGAGAACGAUGCUCCCAGUGUCGAGGUAACAGACACCAAGGCAAACCCUUCCGAGACGAAAGAGCCGACCUUUGCAGACUUCGACCUCGACCCGCGCCUGCUCCAGGCCGUCGCCAGCCAGCGCUUCAAGGCCCCGACCCCCAUCCAGCAGAAGGCCAUCCCCCUGGCCCUCGACGGCAAGGAUGUCAUCGCGAGGGCCCGCACCGGCUCCGGCAAGACGGCCGCCUACCUGCUCCCCGUCCUCCAGUCCAUCCUGAAGAAGAAGUCCCAGAAGGCGGCCUCGCCCGGGCUGGCCGCCCUGAUCCUGGUGCCCACCCGCGAGCUCGCUCAGCAGGUCACCAAGGUCAUCGAGUCCCUGGCCGCCUACUGCACAAAGGAGAUCCAGGUCGUCAAGCUGUCGGACAACGUGCCCGACCAGGUCUCCAAGGCCCUCCUCUCCAACGCUCCCGACAUCGUGGUCGCCACCCCGGCCCGCGCGCUGCACAACAUCAAGAACGCAUCGCUCUCUGUCGAGCAGCUCACACACUUGGUUCUGGACGAGGCCGACCUGGUGCUGAGCUACGGUUACGACGAUGAUUUGCAGAGCAUCGCCGGCACCAUACCCAAGGGCAUCCAGACCAUCCUCAUGAGCGCCACCCUGACCGCCGAGGUCGACACACUGAAGGGCAUCUUCUGCCGGAAUCCGACCCUGCUGGACCUUGGAGAUGAGGAUACUGCAACCAACACGCUGACACAAUUUGUUGUCAAGUGUGCUGAAGACGAGAAGUUUCUUCUCACAUAUGUCACCUACAAGCUCCAGCUGUUCAAGGGGAAAUCCAUCAUAUUUGUCCAGAGCGUUGAUCGCAGCUACAGGCUGAAGCUGUUCUUUGAGCAAUUCGGCAUCCGCAGCUGUAUCCUCAACUCGGAACUCCCCGUCAACUCGCGGCUGCACGUUGUGUCCGAGUUCAACCGUAACGUGUACAACAUCAUCAUCGCCUCGGAUGAGAACGAGGUGAUUCCCGAUGAGGAAUCUCCCCGCGACGGAGAUGACGAGCAGGCCGAGGAAGGAGACGGCGCAGCAAAGUCCAAGAAGGGCGAGAACGCACCCCCAAAGAAGAAGCGCAAGGCAUCCAAGGAUAAGGAGUACGGUGUGUCGCGAGGCAUAGAUUUCCGGAAUGUCUCAUGUGUCAUCAACUUCGAUCUACCCACGACGGCAAAGUCGUACGAACACCGUAUAGGCAGAACGGCGAGGGCGUCGCAGAACGGCAUGGCGCUGUCCUUCGUGAUCCCCAAGGACCAGUACCGCAAGCACAUGCCGACGUCGGUCGAGUCGGCCGAGCACGACGAGAAGGUGCUCGCCAAGAUCACCAAGCAGCAGGCCAAGAAGGGCCGCGAGGUCAAGCCGUACGCCUUCGACAUGAAGCAGGUCAACAGCUUCCGCUACCGCAUGAACGACGCCCUGCGCGCCGUCACCACCGUCGCCGUCCGCGAGGCCCGCGUCCGCGAGCUGCGCCAGGAGCUCGCCAAGAGCGAGAAGCUCAAGCGCCACUUCGAGGAGAACCCCCAGGAGCUCUCCCACCUCGUGCGCCACGACACGGAGCUGCGCGCCGCCCGCACCCAGGCCCAUCUCAAGCACGUCCCAGAUUAUCUGCUGCCCGCUGAGGGCAAAAAGGCCCUGACGGCCAACGAGGUGGGCUUCGUGCCCUUCCGGAAGGACCGCGAAGGAAAGGGGCGCAGGGGGAGGUCGUUCAAGGGACGCGGCAGCAAGGCCGGCGGUGGCCGCAAGUCCAAUCCCCUCAAGACGCUGAGGGGCAGGCCGAGGUCGAAGAAAUAG